AUGAGGGCACCAAUAACGUUGAGGAGCUGUGGCUUGAUUCUAAUGGUUUUAUGCAUUCUAUGGAUACCUUUAAGGGUAUCAUCGUCUGAAAACAAGGCGACCCCAAUUUAUGACCCAAGGGAUAUAGAGCAGAGGUUUGAAGACUGGCUGGCCCGAUAUGGCAGAGAAUGAGACGAAUGGUCACUGUGUUUUGGAAUAUACCAAUCUAAUGUUCAGUUCAUUGACUACAUCAAUUCUCAAAACUUAUCCUUCAGGCUCACUGACAACAAAUUUGCAGACCUAACAAAUGAAGAGUUCAAAUUUACCUACCUGGGUUUUCAGAGUAAUAGACAUACAGCUAAAAAGAUAAACAACGGGUGCGGGUGCGAAAAUAGCACAGAGUUGCCAGCUGCAGUAGAUUGGAGGAAGAAAGGUGCUGUGACUCCUAUCAAGGAUCAAGGUCAAUGCGGAAGUUGUUGGGCUUUCUCUGCAGUGGCAGCUGUGGAAGGCAUCAACAAAAUCAAGACAGGAAAAUUAGUAUCUCUGUCAGAACAAGAGCUCAUGGAAUGUGACGUUAGCAGUGAUACCCAGGGCUGUGAAGGCGGAGACAUGAAGAUAACAUUUCAAUACAUCAAAAAGAUUGGUGGAAUCACAACCAAAAAUGACUACCCUUACAAAGGAAAAGACGGCACCUGUCAGAAAAAGAAAACUAGGGACCAUGCAGUGAAAAUAAGUGGUUAUGAAGCAGUACCUGCCAAUAAUUAGAAUAGAGUACAAGCUGCAGUUGCCCAGCAACCUGUCUCUGUUGCAAUUGACGCUGGUAAUUUUGAAUUUCAACUCUAUUCCAGUGGUAUCUUCAGUGGCUCCUGUGCAGAUCAACUCAACCAUGGAGUAGCAGCAGUUGGUUAUGGUGAAUCUAGGGGUAGAGAAUAUUGGCUUGUGAAAAACUCUUGGGGCAGAGACUGGGGUGAAUGCUACAUAAGGAUGAGACGUGGUUCUGGAAAUAAGAAAGGUAUCUGUGGCAUUGCCAUGGAGCCCAGCUAUCCAGUCAAGUAGUAGGCAGUCCUUUAAGUGUAUCAACCAGAUCCAAAUUGUAACAUGAUGGAUGUUAGCUUAACAAGAUGCUUCAUGAUGCUGUUUACAUAUGUAAUUCAAAGAAAAGAUGUUACUGGAAAGCUGAACUUAUUAAUAA